AUUUUUCUACAGCUGGUACGCUUGUAGAGUAGCGGCGGCAGCGGGUGGCGGGAUUUUGGGAAGCACUGGGCGCGUAGAACAUGUUCUGCGAUAGCGUUUUUUGGAUCACGGUGGUAAAACUUACAUACAGAUAGGACACUAUACCGAUAAUAUCUGUCCAGAUAUACGCAAACUUCUUCCAAUGCGUAAAUUAUGAUAAUAUAUCACGCUAAAUUGUGAAAUUACUGAAACUCGGUAGCGCAUAGGAUUGUCAUGGCAACCAAACACCUCAGUAAACAUCAGUUCCUGUGUCACUCGUAUUGUUUGUCAAUAAAUAAUAUGGUCAUUUCAAAGAUAACAUUUUGUUCGAUUGCCUUCGACGUAAAUUUUAGUGGAAUAAAAUCGUUUUGUAUUAGCUCAAUGGUGUACUAAUCGCUUUCCGAGUUCAUGCAACGGAGAGGGUGUCGCAAAGUGAUUCACGUGACAGGGAUGUAUUAUAGGCGACAUAAAUUGAAAAUUAUUUGAAAAUGGGGAGCAGCUCUCAUGUUGAUGACAGCAUCACUCGGAAAUAUGACAUCAAGCGGAGGAUUGGCAAAGGGGCUUACGGCAUUGUAUGGAAAGCUGUGGACCGGUCUACGAAUCGACUUGUGGCAGUCAAGAAAAUUUUCGAUGCAUUUUGCAAUUCCACGGACGCUCAGAGGACGUUCCGCGAGAUCAUGUUUCUACAAGAGUUCAGAAACCACUCCAACAUUGUCAAGCUACUUAACAUUCACCGUGCGAGUAAUGACAAGGACAUUUACCUCAUAUUUGAAUUCAUGGAAACAGACCUCCACAAGGUCAUCAAACGAAAGCUGCUUCAGGAUCUCCACAAGAGGUUCAUCAUGUACCAACUGUUGAGGGCAACUUUUUACAUUCACUCCGGUAAUGUGAUACACCGCGAUCAAAAGCCCUCCAACAUUUUGCUGGACAGCUAUUGCCGUUGCAAAGUGGCAGACUUCGGGCUGGCACGGUCACUCGCUACAGACGGUGCGGGCGCCGAGGGGUUGACCGGGGACCCCGCGCUGACGGACUACGUCGCGACGCGCUGGUACCGUGCGCCGGAGAUCCUCGUCGCCUCCAAGCAGUACACGAAGGGCAUAGACAUGUGGAGCUUGGGCUGCAUCCUCGCCGAGAUGCUGCUCGGGAAGCCGCUGUUCCCCGGAUCGUCCACCAUCAACCAAGUGGAGAAGAUCAUGGCGACGAUCGACCCGCCCACACCGGCCGACCUGGCGUGCGUGUGCCCGGGCUACGGCAGCUCCUUGUUCACGCGCGCGCCCGCCGGCCCGCGCCUGCCGCUGACGGAGCUGCUGCGCGGCUCGCCCGUCGAGGGGGUGGACCUCGUGUGCCGCCUGCUCGUGCUCAACCCGUUCAAGCGCCUGACGGCGGAGCAGGCGCUCGAGCACCCGUACGUGGCGCGCUUCCGGCGCCAGGGCCGCGAGCCCGCCCUGCAGCACCAGGUCGUGCCGCCGCUCAGCGACCACGUGCAGCUGUCCGUGGGGGAGUACCGCAGCAAGCUGUACGAGAUGUACCAGCCCAACUACACUUUCGGCCAGACCUGCCAGGCGCGCCAGGCGGGCGUCCAGACGGUCCAGGCCAGCCCGACCCCCAGCGCGAGCAGCGGCAGCAGCGAGGGGAAGCCCUCGUCGCGCCCGUCCACCAGGCCCUCGGCGCGGCCCUCGGCCAAGCCGCGCGGCCUCGUGUCCCAGGGCGGCGACGGCGACGGUGCCCAGCACCAGCACCAGCACCAGCACCACCACCACGCCAACAAGAGCAAGAAGCUCAGCGGUGGCAGCUUGCCCAAGAACUGCGCCGGCGGGGGCGGCAGCGGUAGCAGCGGCACGAGCGGCAGCCUGCCCCUCAGCACGCCGCCGCUGCGCAAACCAACGCGACCGCCGCGCGACACGGAGCAGGUGCUGGGCGCCAGCAAGCAGCGCCGACAGACGCAGACCCGGCACCUGUCCACGGAGGACAUCCGGCCGGCGCGUUACGGCCGGUCCCUGCACCACCACGGCGGCCACCACCAGCACCAGGCCGGACAGCGGCCCGCGCCGGGCACGGCCCCGGCCACGUCCGCCGAACACCUGCUGCCCCGCCGCCUGUCCGUGUCCGACCCGGCCGUGACGUCGCAAGGUGCGGUCCCGGGCCGCGGCGCUCACGGCGGCGCUCGUCCCCCGGUACAGGCCGGCGCCCUCCACCGGCUCGCCGCGGUGCCCGCUGACCCCACUGUGUGCCCCGCAGCGCGGCCGCCCCUGCGCCACCAGGGCAACGCCGGCACCGCCCCCCGCCGGGGCAGCGGCGGCGGCACCGCCCCGCUGCUGGACCGCGUCGGCGACGUGGUCGUCAUGGCCACCGGGACGGCCGGGGCCGCCGCCGCGCUCAGGGGCGUCCACAAGACGAGGGCCAAGCCCCCGCGCGCCAGCAGGGUCGGCGUCCACGUCAACGGCGGCUCCAACGCGCAGCUGGUGACGCUGAACGGCCCGGGGCCCCUCAAGGCUCCACGCGGCUCCGGGAGCCUGUCCAGCCUGCAGCCCCCCGGGCCGCCCAAGCCGCCGGCGCCGCCACCACCGGGGCCGCCGCACUGCAGCUCGACGCAUAGCCUGGGGGGAAGGCCCAGCCAGGGACCCGGCAGGCCGCCGCUGCAGGUGCCCCUCGGCCUCGGCUCGUCCUACUUCAGCCUCAAGCAGCCGCGCCAUGGACACGGCCCGCCCCCGGGGGGGCCGCCCUCGGGCCACGGCACCGGGCGCAGCAGCCUCCUCGGCGCGCAAACGGUGGGCAACAUCGGCUUCAUCACGGCCUCUGGCCUGUCCGAACUGCGCCCCGGGUACAGAUGGCAGCGAUAGAGAGGAGGAGUACCCCUCCGCUAUCGUUUAGCAUUCUUUCCCUUUCUUAUUUCGUCUCUAUUUUCACUUCUCUCAAACUCGUUCGUGCGCGUUGUAGUGGUUUUGAGUACAUUAUCGUGUUGUUUUCUAUUUGUCACGCGUUUAACAUUCAUCAUUAAAAAAAAAAUGUGUAUGUCCUUUCUCUUUGCGAUGUAACGACGAACACGCUGCUGCAGUGAUGCGUAUUUCAUAUCUGCUGAAAGAAAGGUAUUUUCAAUCGAGGGAGGCAGUCGGUUAGAUUCGGCUCUCCUUGAUAUUCUUAUCAUACCCAAUGGCUGUCAUUUACUAUAGGUACGAAUUAUUGCAAUGGUUUUGUAUCUUUGUAUAGUUAUCCAAUGUCAUUUUUAAAAGAAUUUUAAUUUUUAAGGAAUUGGUAAUUGUAAGAAAACUUCGUUGAAAAAAAAAUACAAAUAAAACCAGAUUUUUAGGUCA